GCUUGCAAGAGUUAUCGACUAUGCUGCCAGGUACCAAAGCGCUCUGCAACACAUUCACGCAGACGGUUUGAAACGGCGAGGCUCGGUAGCACUGCGAUGGCAUUGAAGAAGGCUCAAUCGAGUCUGUCCAACGCUAAGGGCGCCUCACGACGAGCGAUACGGUAAGCCAGGUGAAACCGGCUGCUCAAGGAAUAGUGACGACGCACAGCACUGUGUGCUCUCGUGGAGCGCUGGAGCCAUGGCGCCUCGCAGCCGGCUGCUGCACUUCAGUCACGGUGCUGGGCAGAAAGUGACUGGUAACAUGAGGUUGUCACCAGCCGCUGAUUCGCCCCGGCCGCCGGCGCGCAGGACCCUCACGCCGCGCAGCAUUAUAAUCCGCCCGGCCCCGGGCGUCAGUCGACUGCUCGUACCAUCGAAGCCCGGUUCAAGGAUCUGUCCAGUCUCCACCUGGCGUCGACCUUGUCCGCCGCCUCGGGCCAAACGAGCACGACUGCAGGUUACUCCGGUGCGCCCUCGAGUCCCGCCGAGCAACUCCGCCCGAUCUUGCAGCAAGCGCCGCCUCACACCAUGGGGGGGUUUGGAAAAAGGAACGCUUGGAAUCUACUGACCCUCCGCCCGGCCUGCCCGCAGGUUUCAGCCCUUCGAGUGCCAGCGGCUUGCCCAUGACGCGACCUGGCCCUGGGGAAUGCACCCGCCCCGUCGCCCAAGGUUUCAGUCCAUUCGC